CCGGAUGAUGUAACAAUCUAUUCGCGCAUGCUCACUGUCUCCGUGUGACCGUGUUUCCUUUCCGCUCAGCGCAGGAAUGGAUCGUCUGUGGGGUCGCUAAAGGAUUAUCGCCGAGAGCCGCGGGUCGGUAUCACUGUCUGCGUCGUUAGAUCCAGUGAGAGAUUUAUUGGAAGAAAAAUCCCCAACUGGAAGCAAACCACGACCGAAGACGAGGGAACAGCAACAAAUGAACGAGGACUGAGAGCAUCAACUGGAGACUGAGGAAACCCAUCUGACUCGGAGAUUCCAGUGAUUCAGUCAGGAGAAAGCUUGACUCAUCAACUUCUUUUAUACAUCAUGAAACAAUUUCAGAUCCACAAGGUUAAAAAUGACAAGGAAUUUAUCCGCAGGAAUCUCGAACACAACACGCCAGUUUUGCAGUCUCUGUCCAGAUAUUUAAGAAGUGGAGCAAGGGAUUCACUCGAUCAUCCUUCCUGCUCAGACUGUGGGGAGGGAUUCACUCGAUCAUCCUUCCUGCUCAGACUGUGGGGAGGGAUUCACUCUAUCGUCUGACUGACUGGCACCUCCGUCAUUUUACACAGGGGGAAUCCCAUUCACCUGCGCAGACAGUAUGAAUGGAUACAAAUAGUCAUCUCAACUGAAGGUGCGUCAGCAAGUUCACAUUGCACAAGGCCAUUCACCUGUUCAGUGGGUGAGAAGGGAAUCAGUCGUUCAUCCCACCUGUGGACACACCGGUCAGUUCACACUGGGCAGAGGCUGGUCAUUUGCUGAACUUGUGGGGAAGGAUUCACACGGUCAUCUGACCUAAUGGCUCAGCAGAGAGUUCAAACCAGGGAGCAGCCAUUCACCUGCUUGGACUGUGGGAAGGGAUUCACUUGCUCAUCUAAACUGACAGUACAUCAGAGAGUUCACACUGGGGAGAGGCCGUUCACCUGCUCAGACUGUGGGAAGGGAUUCACUUGCUCAUCCCAACUGAAGGUACAUCAGAGAGUUCACACUGGAGAGAGGCCGUUCACCUGCUCAGACUGUGGGAAGGGAUUCACUCAGUUAUCUCAUUUGGAGGUACAUCAGCGAGUUCACACUGGAGAGCGGCCAUUCACCUGCUCGGACUGUGGGAAGGGAUUCACUCAGUUAUCUCAUUUGGAGGUACAUCAGCAAGUUCACACUGGCGUGAGGCCAUUCACCUGCUCGGACUGUGGGAAGGGAUUCACUCAGUUAUCUCAUUUGGACGUACAUCAGCGAGUUCACACUGGGGAGAGGCCAUUCACCUGCUCGGACUGUGGGAAGGGAUUCACUCAGUUAUCUCAUUUGAAAGUACAUCAGCGAGUUCACACUGGAGAGCGGCCAUUCACCUGCUCGGACUGUGGGAAGGGAUUCACACGAUUAUCUCAUUUGGAGGUACAUCAGCGAGUUCACACUGGGGAGAGGCCGUUCACCUGCUCGGACUGUGGGAAGGGGUUCACUCAGUUAUCUCAUUUGAAAGUACAUCAGCGAGUUCACACUGGGGAGAGGCCGUUCACUUGCUCGGACUGUGGGAAGAGAUUCAGUCAGUUAUCCCACAUACAAGCACACCGGUCAAUUCACACUGGGGAGUGGCCAUUCACCUGCUUAGAAUGUGGGAAAGGAUUCAGUCAGUCAUCCCAACUACUGAGACACCGGUCAGUUCACACUGGGGAGAUGCCGUUCACCUGCUCAGACUGUGGGAUGGGAUUCACUUUGUCAUCUCAACUGAAGGUACAUCAGAGAGUUCACACUGGGGAGAGGCCGUUCACCUGCUCAGAGUGUGGGAAGGGAUUCCCUCAGCCAGCCCAACUGAAGGUACAUCAGCAUGUUCACACUGGGGAGAGGCCGUUCACCUGCUCAGACUGUGGGAAGACAUUUACUCGGUUAUCCCACAUGCAAGCACACCGGUCAGUUCACACUGGGGAGAGGCCAUUCACCUGCUCAGAUUGUGGGAAAGGAUUCACUCAGUCGUCGGACCUCCUGGCACACAAGUCAGUUCACACUGGGGAGAGUCCAUUCACGUGCUCGGACUGUGGGAAGGGAUUCACUUGUUCAUUCCAUCUGAAGGUACAUCAGAGAGUUCACAGUGGGGAGAGGCCAUUCACCUGCUUGGACUGUGGGAAGGGAUUCACUUGCUCAUCCCAACUGAAGGUACAUCAGAGAGUUCACACUGGGGAGAGGCCGUUCUCCUGCUCAGUCUGUGGGAAGGGGUUCACUCAGUCAUCUGUACUAAAGGUACAUCAACGAGUUCACACAGGGGAGCGGCCGUUCACCUGCUCGGACUGUGGGAAGGGAUUCACUUGCUCAUCCCAACUGAAGGUACAUCAGCGAGCUCACACUGGAGAGAGGCCGUUCACCUGCUCGGACUGUGGGAAGAGAUUCACUCGGUUAUCCCACAUGCAAGCACACCGGUCAGUUCACACUGGGCACUGGCGAUUCACCUGCUCAGAAUGUGGGAAAGGAUUCACUCAGUCAUCUGACCUCCUGGCACACAAGUCAGUUCAUACUGGGGAGAGUCCAUUCACCUGCUCGGACUGUGGGAAGGGAUUCACUUGUUCAUCCCAACUGAAGGUACAUCAGAGAGUUCACACUGGGGAGAGGCCGUUCACCUGCUCAGUCUGUGGGAAGGGAUUCACUUGCUCAUCCCACCUACACAAACACCAGCGAGUUCACACUGGGGAGAGGCCAUUCACCUGCUCAGCCUGCGGGAAGAGAUUCCCUCAUUCAUCCCACCUACUGAGACACCAAUCAGUUCAUAGUCGGAAGAGGUCGUUCACCUGCUCAUUGUGUGGGAAGGGAUUCAAUUGGUCAUCCAGCCUACAAGCACACCAGUCAGUUCACAGUGGGGAGCGGCCGUUCACCUGUUCAGACUGUGGGAAGAGAUUCACUUGCUCAUCUCAUCUGAAGGUGCAUCAGCGAGUUCACACUGGAGAGAGGCCGUUCACCUGCUCAGUCUGUGGGAAGGGAUUCACUUGCUCAUCCCACCUAAAGAAACACCAGCGAGUUCACACUGGCUAGAGGCCUUCACCUGCUGUAAAUGUGAGAAGAGAUUCACUCAGUCAUCUCACCUUAUGUAACUCCCGCUUAAGCUGACAGCGUAUUAUUGGAGGUGAUCCGGGCCAGACUUCAUUUGAGUGCAUGCUGCGUGAUGUGCCCCAUUAUGGAUCAGUACCUCGAAAUGAAAAACUGUACACAAUGUGUGAUCAAACGAUUCAGCUUUAUAAUUCUUACUUUGACUAUAGGGUUAGUGAAGAAAACAAAAAAUAGAAAAAUAGCUCACUCUCUCUAGUUGCAUCUUCUCAUCUCUCCCUGGAUAAAGACCAGGAAAAUCUCUCUUCCAGACUCACAAGAAAGAACAACAUUUCUGUCAUUGGAUAGCCCCCAUUCCAAAACCCUGUUCUUUUGAUCGGGACAAGAAGUGCAGCAUCAGAGGUAAACCCUGAAGGAAGGCAGUUUUUAUAAAAAAAAACUUUCUUCAGUACAAGAAGGGUGAGACUGCAGAGGCCCGUGUGACGUAGACAGGACAGUGUGGAGAGUUUAAAAAGAAGACCACCCUAUACAGCAGGCAGCAGAGUGCAGGUCUUUGGCUCGAAGGGUUUAGGCGGUAAUGGGAAGAGGCGAGUGCAAGGCAUCAAUUCUCUUUUUUCCCCUUGAUGAAAUGGCCUGGACAGACGAAGGAACAGCAGGGCUCACACAGCUAACAGUAUGAGCUAACGGUUUAAAAAGUUCAUGUGUUUGGCGAGGUAAGUGGUUGGGUAGGCUUAUUUUUCAUUUUUCAUUAUUUCAUUCUUGUAGAAUUAAGUAGCAUGUCUACAAGAUUUGUGCUUUGUUCGGGGUAUCAGAUGUGGGAAUCCUGGGAGACCUGCAGCCUCCCUGCGCCAGGUGCACCGAGAUGCAGCUCCUCAGAGAAUGUGUUAGGGAACUGGAGCUGCAGCUUGGUGACCUACUGCUUAUUAGGGAAAGUGAAGAAGUGAUAGACAGGAGCUACAGGUAGGUAGUGAUUACUAGGUUACAGGGGUCAGAAAACUGUGUGACUGUCAGGAGAGGGAAGGGAAAAUAUUGGAGAGCACCCCUGUGACUGUCCCCCUCAGGAACAAAUAUAUUGUUUUAAACGCUGUUGAGGGGGAUGACCUGACAGGGGAAGGCCACGGUGACCGGGAGUUUGGCACUGUUGUGCAGGACAGAAGGAGGGAAAAGAGUAUUGUGGUAGUCAUAGGGGAUUGCGUAGUGAGGGGAACGGACAGGAGAUUCUGUAACCAUGAUAGAGAUACCCGUUAGGUGGGUUGCCUCCCAGGUACCAGGGUACGGGAUGUCUCGGAUAGGGUCCAAAAUAUCCUGAAGGGAAAGGUCGAGCAGCCAUCUGUCUUGGUACAUGUUGGUACCAAUCACAUAGAUAGGAAAAGGGAGGAGGUCCUGAAGAGAGAUUUCUGGGAAUUAGGAAGGAAGCUGAUAAGCAGGACUUCCAGGGUAGUAAUCUCAGGAUUGCUACCUGGGCCACGUGCUAGCGAGGGCAAGAAUAGUAGGAUCAGGCAGAUGAAUGUGUGGCAGAGAGACUGGUGCAGGGGGCAGGGUUUCAGAUUCUUGGAUCAUUGGGAUCUCCUCUGGGGGAAAUAUGACCUUUUGAAAAAAGACGGGUUACACCUGAACCCGAAGGGGACCAAUAUCUUGGCAGGAGAGUUUAAUAGAACUGUUAUGGGGGGUUUAAACUAAUUUGGCAGGGGGUUGGGAACGGGAAUGAUAGAGCAGAGGAGAGGCAAAACAGAAAUAGAUCUAAGGUAGUGAGUAGUAAGGAUGUCAGGAAGGACAGGCAUGGAAUGGGGCAAAUUUUUCAGCCAUUGGGAUGAGUUGCAGUGCAAUAAAGUUGCAGUGAAGUAAAAGCAAAAAGUACCAAAUAAUGGACUUAAGGUGUUUUUUAAAUGCGCACAACAUUAGGAAUAAGGUGGAUGAUCUUGUCAUACAGCUACAGAUUGGCAGGUAUGAUAUUGUGGCCAUCACUGAGAUGUGGCUAAAGGGUGCAUGUCUCUGGGAGCUGAAUGUCCAAGGAUGCAUGGUGUAUUGGAAGGAUAGGCAGGUAGGCAGAGGGGGUGGCGUGGCUUUAUUGAUAUUAAAUCAUUAGAGUUGACAUAGGAUCGGAAGGUGCAGAAUCUUUAUGGG